AUGAAGUCAUUAGUUGCUGCUGGAGCGUUGGUUGUGGCCACUAGUGGUCUGCGGAUGCGAUCUAGGCAAGACUUCGGCUUCGGAGAUGGCGACUCCUUUCCAGGUGUCUGCAAAGUCAACACCAUUCCCGAUGCGCAGAAGGCCUACUUGAACCAAAUGCAUACCGCGUUCCAGCAUGAAGGUAGCUAGAAACAAAUACUUCUAAAUGAUCAUGGAACUACUACAACAAUCGCAACUACUCGAAGUGAAGUAGGGAGCUAAAACAGCAUCAAGUUGUAUUAAAUGUGGAUGAGCGAAUACAUGAAGUUAGUGCAGGACCAGGACGAUUAUAUUGUCGGAGAUCAGGGCAAAACCAUGGAAAAAAUGAAUUCUUGACAACAAACUUCGCCAAUUUUUUUUCACCUGUAGGUGUCCGCAAUCAGCUAUCCACCGUCUUCAAAGAGCCUCUGGAGUGCUGGUACGGAUACAUGCGCUCCAGUGGAUGCGGCGAUAUUGCACCGCUGAACACGGGAACCAAGGCGCGACGCGCCUUCCAAGAGCAGUGCAAGGAUCCCGCAGUGGCGUUUAACAAAAUGUUCACGUCGAUGCCAAAGAAGCUCCAAAUGUACCUUAUCAAGAACUUCCUGAACCAGAAGUUAAGGACUAACAGGAAUAAGAUCAGGUUUGCCAACAAGUAGCUGUUGUAACACUUUUUAUGACUCAUCUGUAGGGAGUUCUUCGUUCUAAAAAAUGAAUUAGGAAUUCUAUCUAUCUCUGGUCUGUCUUUUUUCUAGUUAGGUCGGCUCCGCCACAAUUAGGGAGUAGGAGUCUCUUUCUCUAAGAAACGACGCAGAGGGAGAGCCAGUGCCGGGAAGCUACAACGAAGUGAUGGCACUGCUGUACAAAAUGGGCGGAAAGGAAGUGCUGUGUACUUACACUUAACACUAAUAUUGAAGUUCUUUUGAAAUACAACUCCCACGAAUUAUUUUGAUUCUCUAUCAGUUUAGUGUCUUGACUUUUGGUUUUCUAAACAAAUCUAAAAAAUCUAAAGUAGAUCCUUUUUAGAUUAAAGAAGGACCCAUUUUUUCACGAUAUUACAUCUAACGUACAGGUCAAACGGUGGAGCUGAUUGAUGACGGAUGCCAGGACGUCGGAGGCUUCAAGGAAUAUUAGACGAUUAAUUUAUCCAGAUUUCAGAGUGGGUUGCUGUGUGGAGAAGGCUUGUACUGCAUACCUGUAGCAGCUUGGAAUGAAGGCCUUGGAAAUGAAACGAAAUUCGACGUUGUAUGUUUGAUUUUUGUAGUGAAAGAUUACUUGUCAGUGGUGUAGUCUUCUAUCCUAGUCAUUCUCUGUCCACAAGUUUCAGUUUCAGACGCAUUCUAAUUCGUUUUUGUAAGUAAGUCUAGUUCAGUUUCUAUUUCUAAAGUUUUUAGUUUUUUUCCGUUCUUAUACACCACGCUCGGAGUAAGAUGUUGUUUGUAAGUCGAGGUUUGGGAUUUAGGAUUUUUAGAUUAUUUAGAAAAGAUGACAUGAAUGCUAGGAGAUCGAAGACUGACGUUGUUUUGGCAGGAAUGUGCUCGUAGAAUCGAAAUGAAUAGUGCCAUAGCAUCGAAAUGAAUAGUGCCACGGCUGUUCGGCUGCACAGGAAGGUGCUUGCCUUUCGCAAAAUGUACAGAUACGGAGGUGGGUCGGAUGACCGUUUUUUCAGAGAUUCUUAAAGUAACCGCAAGUGUUCCCAAUAAAUGGUUUGCAAUAUCGGGCUGGAAGAUGUUAGUU